AUGCAAUUCUUGACUCAAUCAAUUCUUUUGUUCCUUGCCACUGCUGUUAUCGCUAAGAAUAUCAUCUUGAGUAACGAUGAUGGUUGGCAAGCAACCAAUAUUAGAGCCACCUACUACAAGUUGAAAGAAGCUGGUCACGAAGUUUGGUUAGUUGCUCCUGUUUCGCAAAGGUCUGGUUUCGGUGGUAAAUUUGAUAUCCCAACUUCACCAACUUUGCAAACUGAUGGUGAAUUCAAAUAUCCACCAGCUGGCUCUCCAUCAUGGGGUCAUGAAGAAGACGAUGAUCAUAUUUGGUAUUUCAACGGUACUCCAGCUUCAUCAAUUGCUUUUGGUUUGCAAUAUGUUAUUCCUGAAAAGUUCAACAAUGUCUCAAUUGAUUUGGUUGUUGCUGGCCCAAAUGAAGGUACAAACUUGUCUCCAGGUAUGUUUACAUUAUCAGGAACUGUUGGUGCUACUUACAACUCCGUUUAUAGAGGAUACCCAGCUGUUGCAUUCAGUGGAUCAAACUCCAACAACUCAUUCUUUAAGGACUCAUUGGACUUAGACGACGCUAAUGAACCAUCAACCAUCUACGCAAACAAAGUUACCGAAUUUGUUAACCAAUUGUUCAAAACCCAAGGUGACAACUCAAGAGCAUUACCUCUUGGUGUUGGUUUGAAUGUCAAUUUCCCCAAAGUCGGUUACGAAAACGAAUCUUGUACUGAUCCAGCUUGGGUCUUCACUAGAUUGACUGGUCAAUACGCAAGUGGUGCUGACUUGAAAUUCAAUGCUUCAUCAAACUCAUUUGUAUGGGCUCAAACCAGCUGGCAAGCACUUACCGUUUGCAACAACGGUGAUUGUUCAUUGCCUUCUGAAAACUUGGUUGUUGAACACACUAAAUGUGCUACAUCAGUUUCUGUUUUCGCUAUCGAUUACGACGCCAACUUGGGAAUCACUAACCAAGUUGAAGGCUUGUUAGACCCAUUGUUCAAGAAGGAUUAG